UAAUGGCGGAACUAUGACAUCAACAUUUGUCUGAGCCCUAACAUUUUCAAUAUGCCACUUUUGGACAAAUGCGGACAACAAUGUACAGGAAAGAAAGCGAAGUAUCAGUGAAAAUGGUAUAGCCAUGUUUUGUUGGGGUAGAUGCUCCGAAGGCCAGCUUGGGUUGGGAGAGAUUGAGGACGAAAAUAUCCUGUCUCCAAGGAAUCUUGAAAGCACUUUCGGAACUGAGUCCGAAAUUAAAGACAUUGUGUGUGGCUGGGAGCAUACAGCGGUCUUGAAAAAGGACGGUGUUGUUUAUACGUGUGGAAGUAAUGAAAAUGGACAACUUGGGCAUAAUAAAGAUGGAAAAAAGUUCGCUCGUGUAGAUGCACUUGAAACACGCACAGUCAAGCAAGUGGUUUGUGGACAAAUGCACACCCUGGCUGUCACAGAUAGUGGACUUGUGCUUGCAUGGGGUGACAACACUAAGGGACAACUGGGUUUAGGAAACACAGAGAACAAUGUCCAAAGCCAUCCAAAAAUUGUUAGAAGUCUCCAGUCUGAUGGUGUGAUGGUAUCACAAGUUGCUUGUGGAGCAAGGCAUUCUUUAGCACUCAGUACAGGUGGAUUCUUGUUUUCUUGGGGUGAUAACAAACACGGACAGCUAGGAAUUGGCAAUUCAAGUCCAGUGCACAAUGUACCUGAACAUGUGUCUUCUUUGUGUGGGGUUCCCUUUGCUUUGAUCUGUGCCGGUGGAUAUCACAGCUUUGCCUUGUCACUCUCUGGAGCACUCUUUAGCUGGGGGAGAAACAACUUUGGCCAACUGGGAAUAAAUGACAACAAAGAUCAUUCUAUGCCUGUACUUGUGAAGUCCUUAAGAUCACAAAGGGUGCGCUAUGUCACAGCAGGAGAGUAUCAUACAGCUGCCUUGACAGAGGAUGGAGGGGUGUUUACAUUUGGUUGGGGCAAUUUUGGUCAACUUGGACAUAACUCUAAUACUGAUGAAUGUAAUCCUAAAAAGGUGUUUGAACUAAUGGGACAAGUGGUGACACAAGUUGCCUGUGGAAGGUUUCACACACUGGCUUAUGUUGCAUCAUCAGGAAAGCUGUUCUCAUUUGGUUCUGGAGAGAAUGGCCAACUGGGCAAUAACAAAGUCACAAAUAUCAAUAGCCCUGUUGCUGUUCACAACAGUUGGGUGAAAGUUAAACCUGAGAAUCACUAUGUUGUCCAUAGAAUAGCUGCAGGUGGUGACCACUGCUAUAUUCUUGUAUCAAAAAAGAAUCAGGACGACUGCAGUCCUUGUGAUUUCCGGGUUCAAGACCGUUCUAAACACCUGUGGACAUUUACAGAGUCUAGUGUACUGGAGUUGGUUCAACAGUUGUCACUUCCCAAUCCUUCAACCGAGAUUUUUCAUAAAUUAGAGACAACUUUCUCAUCCUAUUCAUGUUUGAAUGGAUCAUUUUUGGAUAGACGAAACCAUGAACAAACAAGCUCUAAAAUCCACGGCAUUCAUCUACAAUCUGCAAGACGCUCCUUUGAUCUGCUCAAUGGAAUGAAGCACAAGGCAAUUGUUACAAAGUUGUUUGCUGCCUUUACACAUGGUGUCAUUCACUCCCUCCUUCAACCACCUCCAGACAUUGAAGCCCUCAGAGUCUAUUUACUUCUUCCAGAAUGUUCUGUUUAUCAAAAUGGUGAACAGUUUGAAAAUAUUGUCAUUCCAUUCAGUGAAGCCAUCUUACGAUUAUCAACAGAUGCCAGAAAAGUGUUAAUGAGAUGGUGGUCUUCUUUACCAUCCACCUUUUUCUCUCGUACAAUGAAGGUCUGUCUCUUUAACUUCAUUUUGAAUGAUUAGUCGGCACAGUAUCACUUUAGUCAUUAAACUUACUCCUUUAUUAAUGUUUUUUUUCCUUUGUUUCUGAAUGCCUGUAAAGACCAGCUGGUAUUGGUCAUUUAAUUUUGAAAACUUCUC